GUUCCAAUCUGAAUUCGCCAUGGAAAGACCAUUAAUUUGUUUGAUUUUAAAAACUGCGAAUGGAAUUUAACGCAAUUAUUUGCAAUGGCAAAAUAUUGUAAGAGUUGGGAUGGCAGAUUUGGUUAAGUAUUAAUUGGUUCGCGUCUAAGUUCGGCUGAGAAAAAUAAAAGCAAUUAAAAACAAAUCGACUGUUGUAUCACUAGUGAUUUGAUCGUUUGCGCUCAAUGAUUUUUAACGCAACGGUACCGAUGGCCUUCGAAGUGUUUAUGGUGCACAAUCGGUAGUUUUAUCUGGUUCUAGCAGACAGACUGUUUUUCUUUUCCCUAUCAAACAAAAUUCGUUCGAAUUCAGAUACAUAUAAUUCUGUUUCUGUAGUACCGUCGUUCGAAUUCCAGUUAAAAAUCGAUUUCAAACCGCUACCUCGUCCAACUGGCGUCCACAAAAGGCAACAACGCUCUUUAAACGACAAAAAAUAUUUUACAACACACAAUAGACACAGAAUCAGCUGUUGGGUUCUUUACUCUUUGUUGAACUUCACGUGUGAUGUGUAUUUCUGUUGUUGUUUUGCCUGUAUCGGUUUUCGCGUUGCUUUCCUCGAUUUUUCCGUUAACUGAAAAUGAAUAGUGACACCAAAACAGCCCAGAAUGGGGCUGGCGAACCUCUUCUCGCCAAACCAGUCAAAUCAAUCAAUUUACAAAAAAGCCAGGAUGGUCAACAAGCCAAAGAACAGAAACCGACUGAUAUAGUAAGGAAUAAGAGCGUAGUUUUAUUAGAUAGACGAAGAAAUGAAAAAGCGAUGGCAAAGUGGAAAUUGGUUCCACCUGACGGCGGUUGGGGUUGGCUGGUCCUUUUUGGGGCCACUCUGGUUAAUAUUUUGGUACCUGGAACGGUCAAGUCCUUCGGCGUACUGUUUGUCGAAUUUUUAGAAGCCUUCGAAGCCACUCCUUCCCAAGGCAUGUGGAUUCCAGCCCUCUGCUAUUUUUUAUACAGUUCCUUAGGUCCAAUCUCAAGUAUUUUAUCUGUAAAGUAUUCAUAUAGGACAGUAACAUUUCUGGGUGGGAUUUUCGCAGCUGGAGGAAUGAUUCUUAGUUUUUGGGCAAGUUCUUUACCGUACCUCUACGGCACUUACGGAGUUUUAGUUGGUUGUGGAGCAGGCUUAUCCUUCCCUCCCACAGUUUACAUAGUCACAAGUUAUUUCGUAAAGUUACGUGGUGUGGCAAAUGGAAUUUGCAUCUCUGGCUCCGCUUUUGGCUCAAUUCUUUUACCACCCUUAUUGAGAGUCUUGUUAGAGACCUACGGAUACAGGGGUGCCGUUCUGAUAAUGGGAGGAAUUACCUUGAACGUUUUCGUAGCAGCCUUGUUCUACGACCCAGUCGAAGUACAUUUUAAGAAAGUUAAAGAAGAGGAAGACUGUGCUCUGGACGAACAUCCCGAUCCCAUACAGACAAAAUUCAUUCUCAGCGAGGACAGUAUGACGUCCUUACCCCAAAUACCCCACAACAAUUCGUUUUUGGAGCAAAGCGAUCUAACUGAGUCGGGUUUCAACAGGAGUGCUUCCAGUGCGGCUGUACAGAAUUUGAAAAGUCCCCAUAGGGAACGAAAAAUAAGCGUUCCCAUGGGAAAACAUGAAGUGAUGAGGGCCAAGCAAGGGUAUGCGGGCUCCGGGCAGAACAUGAACAGCAAUUCGGCUUUACACUCGGUGCCGGAGAAACAACAAGAAAAUGGGGAUAUAGAUAUGUUCUCCCAAGGAAGAUUGCCCAGCUCGAGAAGAACGACACGAUCAGGAGCGCCUAGAAGAAGUACUUCAACGAGUUCCUUCCAAUACGUGAGCACAGCAUAUCACGGCAGCACUCUAACUUUACAACCAGAAACUUUUGCCAGCUCCUUCAGUCUAAGAUCGACAUCGGCGAAAACGAAACAAUGGGACAGGCCUGAGGCAGAAUCUCCGAAAAAAAUCAAACUUUUCGAUGUAACUUUGUUAAAGGACCCUCUGUAUCUCAUCAUCCUCAUUUCUAAUGCCACCAACGCCAUUAGCUAUACCAAUUUCAUUAUUCUGCUCCCGUCCUACGCUCAGAACUUGCAUUUCGACAAAAACAGCGGAGCUUUGCUGCUUUCUAUAGUCAGUGCCCUGGAUUUGGUCGGUAGAAUAGGCGGUUCCGCGUUGUCUGAUCUUACAACUUUCCCCAAGUCGUGGUACUUCGUCGGGGGCUUGUUUAUUUCGGGGAUUUCUCUGGCUCUGAUGCCCUUUUUCCUCAACUACUGGGUAAUAGCAAUAUUUUGCUCUAUAUUUGGUUUAGCUUCGGGAACAUAUGUGGGUAUAACGGCCAUUGUGAUGGCAGAUAUGUUAGGCGAAGAACGGCUACAGUCAACCUAUGGAAUAUCGUUGUUUGUGAACGGUAUCAUUCAAUUAAUAGGCCCCCCAUUAUGUGGUCUCUGGUUUGAAUCAGCGCAAUCAUUUGUUUCGCUGUUCUGUAGCUUAGGAAUCAUCUUAUCGGCGGGUUCCUUGUUAUGGGGCUUCGUGCCUUGUAUUCAAAAGAACAACAGCGAAGUGAUCUAAGAAGGGCUAUAUUUUUUUUUUCUUCUAGUAUUGAAAAGUGAGUAAAUUCUUUUGAAAAUAUCAAGCUUCACUUUGACCUAAAUGUGAAGAAGCUUGCUACUCUAGAGCCCAAACAAUUUUAAGUAAAUGUAUUAAGACUGCUAUUGCAAAUUAUUAGUAAUAAUCAAAUUAAAUAAGAUUUUUUUAUUAAGUUCAUGUGCCAAUAAGUGUAUUCUUCACUCUUAUUAACUUUGUCAAUUUAAUCGAAUAUAUAUAUAGCAACGUUAUAUUCCUAGUUAUUAAACGAUAUAAAGAAUCUUAGUUGAAUUAAUUAGUUUUGACCACAAUAACUUACUAUCAAACCAGUGUGGUUUUCAAAAUACCUGUAAUUUACCUUGUAUAGUAAAUUAAGAAACAUAUCAAAAAGGUGGUCUUGAAAUGAAUUUGUAUUUUUCUACAGAAUAAUGUACAGAAAGCUUUUUAUUAGUAGAAUAGCCGAUUAAAUAUUUUUACAAAGGAUGUAAACUUGAUGUAUCAAAUCAAUGUGUGAAACUAAUAUAAAUAUUUAUUUUAUAUUUUUUAGCUUAUUUGAAUAUUCUAGUCUGUACUAGAGAAAGUACAAUUACAUUAUGAAUACAAUAUAUAUUAUAUUUUAUAUAUAUUUUACACUUAUUGAUAUAUUGCUCUACAGUACAGUUGAAAAAAUAAAUCACUCCAGUUUU